ACCGAUAUAAAAGAGGUAGGUUGUCCACCAAACAAACUCCAAGACAUCCAGUCUUCUACAUAGGAUCCUCUACACGGUACAAUGGCCUUCAAAGCUCUCGCUGCUCUUCUCUCCGUUGCCGCACUCCAAACUGCGAAUGCCGCCUUGAUAAGGCGUGCCACUUGCGCUGACGGAAACGUGGUCGCCAAUGCCGCCUGCUGCUCUUUGUUCGCCGUCCGUGACGACAUCCAGCAGAACCUGUUCGACGGUGGCGAAUGUGGUGAAGAAGUCCACGAAUCGCUUCGUCUCACCUUCCACGACGCCAUCGGUACCGGUUCUUUCGGUGGCGGAGGUGCUGACGGUUCUAUUGCCAUCUUUGAGGACAUCGAGACAAACUUCCACGCCAACAAUGGUGUCGAUGAGAUUAUUGAUGAGCAGAAGGAAUUCGUCGCCAGGUCUGGUAUGACUGUCGGCGACUUCAUUCAAUUCGCCGGCGCCAUCGGAGUAAGCAACUGCCCUGGUGCUCCCCGUCUCCCUGUCUUCAUUGGUCGUCCUAAUGCUACCGCGCCCGCUCCCGAUUUGACUGUCCCCGAGCCUUUCGACUCUGUCGACAGUAUCCUCGCCCGAUUCGCCGACGCAGGUAAUUUCAGCCCCGCUGAAGUUGUCGCACUCCUUGCUUCACACACUAUUGCUGCUGCUGACCACGUCGACCCUACUAUCCCUGGAACUCCUUUCGACUCUACCCCGGAGAUCUUCGACACUCAAUUCUUCGUUGAGACUCAGCUCCGUGGCACCCUUUUCCCGGGAACUGGUGGAAACCAGGGUGAAGUAGAGUCUCCCCUUGCAGGAGAGAUCCGUCUCCAGUCCGACUCCGAACUUGCUCGUGACUCAAGGACGGCGUGCGAGUGGCAGUCGUUCGUCAACAACCAGGCUAAGAUUCAGAACGCUUUCAAGGCUGCAUUCACUAAGAUGACAGUGUUGGGCCAUAACGCCGCCGAUUUGAUCGACUGCUCUGAUGUCGUCCCUGAGCCACCAGCCUUCACCGACGGCGCCCACCUCCCCGCAGGCCUUUCUCAAAACGACGUCGAGCAGGCUUGCGCUACCACUCCAUUCCCCACUCUCCCAGUUGACCCCGGACCGGCCACCUCUGUUGCUCCCGUUCCCCCAUCUUAAACGGAUUGUCCAUCUUAUUUUCUCGCGAGUAUGGCCCGUCGUUUCAUCUGUUGCUUAGACGAUCUGCUUGGUCACUCGUCCCUCUUGUAAAGUGUCCUAUUAUUGGUAAUUCUAUUCUUGGCGCACCUCAAACUA